GCGCUGAUUGGGAGAAGAGUUUCCCGCAAGCUUUGAUUCAAGUUGAAUGAAAUCGGCGUUUUCAAGAUGAUUCAAACAUACUAUUUUCAAAUUUGAUAACUAUUCGAGAAAUUCAACAGCUGGGUGAGGCUGGAGUUGGAUGGGAUGGACAGUAAGGGACGGUCUGGGAUGGACAGUACUAGUAAGGGGAGGUCUCUGCCCUCGAUGCCAGAGGCCCUGAACCCAGUCAGCAUGAAGCAGCCGUCUGAGCCCCUGGGGGGGAGGAAGGGUCGGGGUGGGGGGGACCUGGGGGCAGACCCGGCCCUGCUGAUGGACAAGGCAGCUGCCCAGCUGGCCGUGACGCUCCAGGACAGUGUUCUAAACAAGAUGGCCUCCCAUGUUCAUAGCCAUGAGAGGCUGAAGGACCUGACGUCCCGCAUGCUGAACGGAGACCAGGACAAGCUGACCAAGCUGUGCCCCCCCGAGCCCCCCAUCCUGAAGGGUGCUGAGGCCCCCUCCUCCCACCCCAGCCCCCAGAGGAAGGCCACCUCCCCUGAAAUUAAACUGAAGAUCACCAAGAUGGUGGCCAAGGGGAAGCCGGCGCGCUUCGAGACAUUCUGUGGAGAGGGGCCCAACCUGCCUACUGAGGGCCUCCUGGCUCCAGCCAGCAGGAAGAGAAGACUCAUCAAACCCAAACCUGCCUCUAACCCUGUUCCUGUUCCUGUUCCUGUGGAGGUGGUGUCAUCUGCCAGUCUGCCAGAGGAGGGCACUGCUGCACCACAACAGGUGGGGAUCCAGCAGGCCCGUCCUCAGGAGGAGCUCCCGGUCCAUGCAGUGUUCUCUGUGGGUGAUGUGGUGUGGACCAAGGUGUCAGGAUACCCCUGGUGGCCCUGCAUGGUCUCUACCGACCCAGAACUCAACACACACCUCAAACACAAAGCAAUUAACAGCCAUACGUCUGGCAUCCUGUACCACGUUCAGUAUUUUGGGAACACCCCGGAGAGGGGCUACAUCUUUGAGAAGAACAUGGUGUCAUUCAGGGGGGAGGAGCAAUAUGUUGAGCUCUGCCAUGGCAACAAACAACCAUCCUCCCGGGUCGUCCACAGAAAGAGUACCACUUCUUCCGUGCCCAGGAAGCUCCAUGCCCAGUGGGUGGUGGGCAUCACUCAGGCCAAGGAAGCUGCCAGCCUGGCCCUGGAUGAACGCCUGGCCAAGUACACCUUUACCUACGAUACUGACGGACCACACCUCAACCCCCGCCUGCUGGCUGAGCCUGGCCCAAACCCCAACCCUGCUGGCCCAGACCCCAACCCUGCUAGGCUGGCCCAGACCCCAACCCUGCUGAGGCUGGCCCAGACCCCAACCCUGCUGAGGCUGGCCCAGACCCCAACCCUGCUGAGGCUGGCCCAGACCCCAACCCUGCUGAGGCUGGCCCAGACCCCAACCCUGCUGAGGCUGGCCCAGACCCCAACCCUGCUGAGGCUGGCCCAGACCCCAACCCUGCUGAGGCUGGCCCAGACCCCCAACCCUGCUGAGGCUGGCCCAGACCCCAACCCUGCUGAGGCUGGCCCAGACCCCAACCCUGCUGAGGCUGGCCCAGACCCCAACCCUGCUGAGGCUGGCCCAGAUCCCAACCCUGCUGAGGCUGGCCCAGAUCCCAACCCUGCUGAGGCUGGCCCAGACCCCAACCCUGCUGAGGCUGGCCCAGACCCCAACCCUGCUGAGGCUGGCCCAGACCCCAACCCUGCUGAGGCUGGCCCAGACCCCAACCCUGCUGAGGCUGGCCCAGACCCCAACCCUGCUGAGGCUGGCCCAGACCCCAACCCUGCUGAGGCUGGCCCAGACCCCAACCCUGCUGAGGCUGGCCCAGACCCCAACCCUGCUGAGGCUGGCCCAGACCCCAACCCUGCUGAGGCUGGCCCAGACCCCAACCCUGGACUAGAGCAGACACAGGCCCAAGCACCGGACCAUGAGCAGGAACCAUCCAGGCUGACCCUCCUGCCUCCCAGCCCAGCCAGACCCCCAGUCCAGCCCACCCCCACAGACCGCAGCACUUCACUGGGGAAGAAGAAGAGCAGCAGCCCCAGAACUACAGACGGAACCGAGAAAGGAGGGAAACGGAAGCAGACCACUUCAACGACUAAGAAGACUAACGUCCUGGUCUCCCAUAAAGGACAAACACAGGAUAUCGUCUCCCCCAGCUCAGAGACUGAACUACUUGAACCUCACAAGCAGAAACAGAAGAAGUCCAAACUGAAACCUCAACUACCUGCCAAGACGGGGAGGAAGAGGUGCAAAGGGGUUGCCUUGACUACCAACAUCCAUGCACCUAUAGCUAAGAAUGGUUCCAAAACCAAGACCUGUCCCAUUAAAGAAGAGCUAAAGGCAGAACCUAAAGGGAAGAAGAGUCCUCAGAAGCAGCCGCUUAAGCAAGCUCCAGAGGAGACCGACGAGGACCAGCAACCCAAGAAGAAACGCAAAGUUGGUGACAAACAGAAGGCUGUAGCAGCAGACUCCUCCGCCCCCACGAAGAAGAGAAACAGAAAGAAAACGGAGACACAAGUCAAAGGAUCCACUAGUUCUAAAUCACCAGAGAAAGAACCAGAGAAGACCAAGCCAAUCAGGAAGAGGAGGCAGGACUCAGCCAGCCAAUCAGCAGCCUCCCAGACCAGCAAGAGGAAGCGAGCAGCAGCCAGUCCUGAGCCAGAGUGCUCUGGCAGUGAGGAGCGUCCAGAGUCCCCCAGUGACAGCAUAGACCAGACCAACGGGACCAAGAAGACCAACGGUGGAGGCCCCAAGAAGGAAUCUGUCUGUCAGGUGUGUGAGCAGGCUGGAGAGGACGUGGUGCCAUGUGAGGGUCAGUGCUGUGGGUCCUUCCACCUCUCCUGUCUAGGACGCACCCUGAAACCACAGGACAAGCUGCUCUGUCCAGAAUGCACCUCAGGGGUGCACCAGUGUUUCAGCUGUAAGCUAUCAGAUGGGGAGGUGCAUCGUUGUAAUGUGCAGCACUGUGGGAAGUUCUACCAUGAAGCCUGCGUCCGCCCCAACGCCCUCACGGUGUUCGACAACAAGGGCUUCCGCUGCCCCCUCCACACCUGUCUCAGCUGCCACUCUAAACCCAAGGCUGCCAAGGGGAAGAUGAUGCGUUGCCUGCGCUGCCCGGUGGCGUACCAUACAGGAGAGGUGUGUGUUGCGGCUGGCAGUGAGAUGGUGACCCCCACCACCACCAUCUGCACCAACCACUUCUCCCCCAAGAAGGGCUACAGUCACCACUCACAUGUCAACGUCAGCUGGUGCUUCGUCUGCUCCAAAGGUGGCCAGCUCCUGUGCUGUGAGUCGUGUCCAGCAGCGUUCCAUCCAGACUGUCUGAACAUCGCCAUGCCGGAUGGCAGCUGGUUCUGCAAUGACUGCCGGGCCGGAAAGAAACCCAAAUACAGAGACAUCAUCUGGGUCAAACUGGGCAACUACAGGUGGUGGCCUGCAGAGAUCCAGCAUCCUCGGAACAUCCCCACCAACAUCCAGCACCUUCGCCACGAGAUCGGAGAGUUCCCCGUCUUCUUCUUCGGUUCUAAGGACUACUUCUGGACGCACCAGGGCCGAGUGUUCCCCUACAUGGAGGGAGACCGGGGCAGCAGGUUCCAGAAGACUGGGAUAGGGAAGGUCUUCAGGAACGCGCUUUUGGAGGCGGAGACUCGCUUCAAGGAGAUCAAGAUGGAACGGGAGGCCAAGGAGGCGCUGGAGAACAACAGGAAACCCCCUCCAUACAAAUACAUCAAGAUCAACAAGCCAUGUGGCCGGGUGCAUGUCUAUACAGCCGACGUGUCGGAGAUCCCCAAGUGUAACUGUAAGCCCACGGACGAGAAGCCAUGUGGGUUUGAGUCAGAAUGCCUGAACAGGAUGUUGAUGUACGAGUGCCACCCUCAGGUCUGUCCCAACGCAGAGCGAUGCUGCAACCAGGAAUUCACCAAGAGACACUACCCAGAGACUAAGAUCAUCAAGACUGCUGGCAAGGGCUGGGGCCUGGUGGCUCUACGGGAUAUUAAGAAGGGGGAGUUUGUGAAUGAGUACAUCGGAGAGCUGAUCGAUGAAGAGGAAUGUCGCACCAGGAUCAAGGACUACCAGGAGAAUGACAUCACUCACUUCUACAUGCUUACCAUCGACAAGGAUCGGAUCAUAGACGCCGGCCCUAAAGGGAAUUACUCCCGCUUCAUGAACCACAGCUGCCAGCCCAACUGUGAGACGCAGAAAUGGACGGUGAACGGAGAUACCAGGGUUGGGCUGUUCGCGGUCUGUGACAUCCCUGCUGGUACAGAGCUGACCUUCAACUACAACCUGGAUUGCCUUGGUAAUGAGAAGACUGUGUGUCGCUGUGGGGCUCCCAACUGUAGUGGUUUCCUUGGAGACCGGCCCAAGACCUCUGGUGGCCAGGCCGUGGAGCCCAAGGGGAAGAAACCCAAGAAGAAGGUGAAGAAGCGCCGGGUGCGUAAUGAGGGGAAGGAGUCUGAGGACGAGUGUUUCCGCUGCAGAGAUGGAGGGCAGCUGGUUCUGUGUGACAAGAAGAGCUGCACCAAGGCCUACCACCUCUCCUGCCUGGACCGCACCAAGAGGCCCUUCGGGCGCUGGGAUUGCCCGUGGCACCACUGUGAUGUGUGUGGGAAGCCGUCGGAGGUGUUCUGCCAGCUGUGCCCCAACUCCUUCUGCAAGAACCACCAGGAGGGGGCGCUGCGGCUCUGGCCCCACACUGGACAACUCUGCUGCCAGGAGCACGAUGACCCCUGACCCGGAGCGGACUGAGAGUUCAGGUCUACAGUCUGGGAGGUGCUGACCUGCAGCAGAACAGGACCCAACUCCAUAAUAAUGUUUUCAAUAUGACAGACAGAAAGCACUGUAUGUAUGAUGUCUCUCCUCAUCAGGGUUCUGCUCUACAGCUCAUUCAACCAAUCAGGUCCUUUUACACUCAGCCAGCCAGCCAAUCGGGUCCUUCCACUCAGCUUGUACCUGUUGUUUGUCUGUAACUUGUCUGCAGUGAGAGAACACCUGGUAGAGAAGCACAGACGACAGGUACAGCAUUAGUCUCUUCACUCCUUCUCUCCCCAGUAGAGGUUUAUAUGUUAUGUGUGUGUAUAUAUAUAUGUGUAUGUGUGUAUAUGAAAGACCAAAAUUAUAAUAAUACUGGAAUCUUGUUAGUACUAGGUUGGCAGGUUGGAUCUGUUUUUAUCUGAAGUAAUAUCGUUAAACACGACACUAUGGAUAGGUCUUGACUUGCGUUUACUAUAGACAAGUACUGAAUAUUUUUUAAACUAAUUGUUUUCAUUUGAGUAAUGCUAGUACAGAAAUGUGAUAUCCACCUGUUCAGAGUGUUAUUAAAGCACAGAGCUGAAACCUU